UCUAUAUAAGGCAGCAAGCAGCGCCGGCGUUCACCACCACCCGCACCACAUCAACUUUCUCCUCCGGCCUCUCGCGAUCGCACGAACACCAAACUCCGUCCCGCGAGAAGCGACCGAUCGGAACACCAGAGGCGAAGCAGGGUCGAUCAAUCGAUCGAUGAUGCCGUCGUCGUCGUCGUUAGCGGGCACGUCUGGCUCCGACUACGCCGCCGUCGCCGCGGCCGUCGCCGCGGCCGCCGCCGCGGCCGCCGCCGCAGCGCCGCAGGUGACCAGGAAGGCGAUGUGGAGCUCCGACGAGGACGGCGUGCUGCGGGAGCAGGUGCGCCUGCACGGCGCGCACAACUGGGACACCAUCUGCGUGGCGCUGCCCGGGCGGAACGCCAAGUCGUGCCGCCUCCGCUGGUGCCAGCACCUCGACCCCCGGGUGGACGUCGUCAAGCCCUUCACCCCCGAGGAGGACAAGCUCAUCGUCAAGUACCAGGCCGCCUACGGCAACCGCUGGUCCACCAUCGCCGAGUUCCUCUCCGGCCGCACCGACAACGCCAUCAAGAACCGCUGGAACUCCGUCCUCCGCAAGCACCACGGCCACGCCUCCGCCUCCGCCUCCGCGGCCGACCAGGGGCCUCCUCGCCAGUACUGGGCUCCUUCCGCCUCCCGCCACGCUGCAGGCCCCGAGUUGACGCCGGGCUGCCUCCCGCUGUUUCCUCUGGAGAAGGGCGAUGUCAUGAGGGACAGGAGAAGCCCUCCGCUGCCUCAUCACGCGCCCGAGGACGAGGACAUGUCUGAUGCCGAGACAUCUUCGGCCGCGUCUGUGGAGUGCCUGCAGCUGUUCCCUCUGGCGCCCGGGGAUGUCAGGGCCAACGCGGGCGCGGCGGCGUCGAGUGGCAUGUCCUGCGGAGCAGACGACCCGCUCACUCAGCUCAGGCUCGCGCCGGCGGCGAGGUUGGUGUUCGACGUUAUGCCGCUGCGGUCGUACCAGAUGUAGAUUCGUUCUACGCUUGCAUUAAUUUGGUGCUUCUUCCGUCUCUUUACCUUUUGUUCAUCGUGGGUAAUUUCGCUGGUGGAAGUUAACUCCUAAUUGAAGAGCUGUGGAUGAUCAA